CUUCCAUCGUCCCAUGGCCACCGAUGGCCGAUCCGCCGGAGCUCACGGUGCAGUGGCUCUCCAGCGGCGCCGUCCUCGGCCGCUUCCGCGCCGCCGAGCUGGACGUUUGCGACGCGGUGAGCGUCGGCGCGGUGAAGAGACGUUUGGUGCCCUUGGUGCAUCAACCCAGAUUCAAACUGAAGCUCCUGCGGGGCAGCGACGUCCUGAAGAAUGAGGAGGAGCUCACGCUGCCCGAAGCCCUGCAGUUGGUGGUGCUUUCUCGGUACCAACAGAUGACCCGGGAGCAGAUGAUUUAUGUGUUGGACGUGGCCCGCCGCGAUGUCGCGGCUGAGAUGGAGCAGUUCUUGCAGCUGCCCAUGGAUCCAGAUGUGAGUGCUGAUGGUGACACAGCUCUGCAUUGCGCAGCGGCUUCAGGUAGCGUCGGAUGUUGCCGCUUAUUGUUGGAAGCACGUGCCAACUUGGAACUUCCUUCGGCAAGGUACAAUGAUCACCGGCCGUUGCAGGUGGCCUGCCAAGCCGGUGAGUUGGAAAUCGUUCAGCUCCUCCUUGCUGCCAGGGCGGAUCAACACCAGGCUCCACCGGCCUUGCAUCUGGCAUCCUACCAUGGAGCUGCUGACAUGGUCCGUCUGCUUCUGGCGCAGCGUGGCAGGGCAGAUGAGCUGGACCGGGAGCAGGAUGCCACACCAUUGCGCCUGGCGUGCCAACAAAACCACCUGGAAGUGGUGCGAAGUCUACUGGAAGCAAAGGCGACGGCCAACAAGGCGUGUGAGGAUGGCUCCACUCCCUUGCCCUUGGAGCGCCCCUUGCGAAAGACUUCAACAUCGUCCAUGGCACAGAAAGAGUUUCAGAGUCCCCAGUCCAUGCCGCCUGCGCGAGCGGUUGCGAAGGUGGCAAAGCACCUCGGAAUUCACAGGAAACUGUAUAGUUUGUUUCUGGGUGUGUCUUUGAAGUAUGAAACAUUGGUCAAAUAA